AACACUGGGCUUGUUCCGACAUUGCAGCCGACUGACUGAUCUACAAAUCACCUUGCAUCAUAAAUAACGAUAUUAUUAUUUGUAGAUCAGUCAGUCAGCAUUUGCUUCACGGUUUUGAUGCUCCGGAACAACGGCUUUUAAGAGAAACAGAAAGUUGACCGAAUUACGGUUGUUGUUACGGUAGAAACGACGCUGUUACCCAGCGCUCACCUCCAGCAUUCUGAGCUCUUUUGACUGAACACCGUUUUGAACCCACGUUCUCGCUGCAUGCUGCUUGCAAGGUUUCUACGAAGGUACCGUAAGAUGUCAUCUCUUCCCCGACCUCGUCAUGUGAUCUGGGAGACAGAGGAGCUGGUGGCCUACCUCCACCCCCAGCCCUGGACCCCAGGCACUACCAUCCUGGAGCCAAAGACCCCCAGGGGCCCAGAUGAGGAACCAAGCCCAGCGCAGGGCAGUCUCUUCAGGCUGGGUGAGGGAGCCUACCUGAGGUUGCUGCUGGGGGCCAGGGAGGUGGGGGCCCUGCUGUGUGAGAGGCUGGGGGUGAAGAGAUGUGCCUUGGUCUGCAGACCCCACCCAGACAGUAACAGUCCACCCCAGAUCCGGGUGCUGCCGCUACACGGCCUUGACAGCGAGUGGCGCCCCCACCUGGCGGGAGAUGAGCACUACACCCACCACGACCCCGGCUACGUCACCUCUAAAAGCGGCCCUCGCUGGACUGACACGUCCCUCCAGGAGAUCCAGGCUGAGAUCCGGGCCCAGCUCCCUUCCCCCAAUGCCCUACCAAACCUCACCUUCCUGGGGGAAGACCCAUCGCACCCCGGCCUCUUCUCCCGGAUCGUCCGUGGAGAGGAGCAGCAGUGGAGGGUGUGGGAGGAUGAGGGACACGUGGCAUUCCUCACCCCCUUCCCCAACUCCCCUGGCCUCACCGUACUGGUCCCCCGUCGACCGCUGACCUCGGAUAUAUUUAGACUUGAAGAGGCAGAUUAUACGAGUUUGGUACUGGCAACCCAGAAGGUGGCCAGGGUUUUGGAAGAGGGUCUCGGAGCGUGGGGGGUGGGGUUGAUAUUCGAGGGGUUUGAGAUUGACUACGCUCAUGCUAAAUUGAUACCUCUGCUCUCUCCGCCCUCCUCUCACCAGGUUGAUGGAGGCUCCACCACCACCACUGGCUCUCUACCUCCUCAGGCCCAGUUUAGUGCCACCUAUCCUGGGUUUGUGACCUCGGAGGAUGGCCCUGAGGCCAGCCUGGAGUGUUUGAAGGAGUUACAGGCCAAAAUCACACAGUAAUGAUAAUGUAAUGUAUUGACAUGUUAUGAAAUAUGUAAUUGCAUAUUAUGAAGGAUCUGAAACUGGGUGACUAUAGUAUUGAUGUAUUGCACUUGACUCCAUACAUUCCAAUUGCAUUAUUGGUUGACUUGGUAAUGUGAUUCAUGUACAUACUGAUUUGGUACCAAAUUCUGUAGAUGUGACUGUUUCUGUCAUUUUAUUAUGAACUUGAAAUAGGACAACAAUCAAGAGCUUUAUUUGAUAAACCUGGUACUGUAAGGGUUUUAGAUAUAUCCUUUGAGAAGUACUUAACAGUAGCAUGGAAAAAUACAUGAUUGUUUGAUCAAAAUAAACAUGUGAUUUCUA